AUGGGCAGUGAGCUCUCUCCCCAAGGCUUACCCACAAUCCUCACUCGCACUCCUCUCUGCACCAUGAAGUCCACCAGCAGCGAAAGGGGCAUCUUGAACUCCGACCCCGAUGAGCUGGACAGCGGCAGCGACAGUUCGGACAAGUCGACGGGCGACGGGAGUCCCCGCGGGGGUCGAGAGGGGAUGAAGCGGUGUGGCGGACGUAGACUGGCGGGUAUAAGUAAACAGCGUCAGGCAGCAAACGCGCGGGAACGAGACCGCACGCACAGCGUGAACACGGCCUUCACCGCGCUCAGGACUCUCAUACCCACCGAACCGGCCGACCGUAAGCUGUCCAAGAUCGAGACGCUGCGUCUGGCUUCCAGCUACAUCUCUCACCUGGCCAACGUGCUGCUACUCGGGGAUGACUGUCUGGAUGGUCAGCCCUGUCUGAAGUACCAGACCAUCCUACAGAGCAGUUCCAACAUCAGCUCCAGCCCCACACUCAAACCCAUCUGCACCUUCUGUCUAAGCAACCAGAGGAAAAUGCUGAGAGAGGGGGAAAAGCAUUCACAUAUUUGA